UGUCAAUGACAUCACGUGAUCGCGUCCUGGGCUGGAGGCUGACAACGGAACGUCAGUCGCAGUCAGAAUCCCAUCCAGCAGCGUCGCCCGGGCUGACACACUCGCUAGCGUAUAUGAAGGCCUCGGGGGGACAUAGAAUCGCCACCUCACUCAUCCCUCCUACCUUCAUCGCCCCGCCGCUCUCCCUUGCAAGUCCGUCUCUUAGGCUACGUCAAUGUUCAACAUUGUAGUGAGUAUCUCUGUACUGUCUCGCCCACACUCACUGUAUGCCUCCAUUCCCAUUCAGUCAAUGCUGAAGCGCUUGGUAUUGGGUCUGGCGGCGAGUACCUCACCAUCGUCUAGAAACGUAUACCACACAGGUAGUGGUGAGUGGGUUUCGUUUGAUCUCGGUUUCUGGUCUGGGUUUGGUGGUCUGGGUUCAGUUUCUUUUUUUGCGGCGCCGAAAGGCUGUUGUCCGCUCACCCUCGUGCCGAGAGGCUGCGUGUGGUGUCGCCCCUGUGCCGAGAGGCUGCGGGAGGCUAUAAUGGUUCUCGGUCUCCACCUCUGUCUCGGGUCACGGUCCUCACCUGUAUCUCCUCAUCACCCAUGUGUCGACCCUCCUUCCUGUCCACAUACCUCCGCUCCUGUCUUCGUAGUUAGAAACCCUGUGAUGCCUGUGCAGUCUGUACCAUUGACGGUUCAGACACGCUCCAGUCGGGGUGUGUCAGCCGUUAGUGGUUCAGACCGUCAGUGGUAUUCGCACUUAUUGUUACUGUUACAAGGAGCACGUCAGCAUAAAUAACACACGUGCAACAGAACGUACUUCCCGAACCAGAACUAUGAAUGCCAUGGUAGCCGUCUGG